AUGGCCUUCACCUCCAAUACCCUAAGGGAAGGCCUGGGACCUGGCAGUUCGGUGGUCACCUCGAAACGAACCCGGAAGACAUCAUCUUUUCAAAGAGAAGGAUGGUGGAGAAUAGCAUUACGAAAUACACCUAUCCCUGGCACUUACCACUUGAAAACUUUUAUUGAAGAAUCCCUAUUAAAUCCAGUGAUAGCAACCUACAAUUUUAAAAACGAAGGAAGAAAAAAACCAUCUCUUGUGCAAAGAAAUGAUCCAGUACUAAAUGACCUUCCCCUGUAUGUACCUCCUGACUUCUUGGACUUGUUAAAGAAGCAAGGAGCCACUUACUCAUUUAAAGACAAACCACGGCCAAGCCCCAGCAUGCUGGUUUACAAAGAUCAGUCAGUUAAGCUUUCACCAGGGCAAUACGAUCUACUUCCUGCACCAGUUCCCAAGCACGCUUCCAGGAGCUUCGUAUUUCGUUCUGCAGUUCAAAGAUUUCCAACAAGCUGCUUCACUCCUGUAAGUAUAUUGUAG